CAUAGGCAAUAAAGUGGCUACCCGGAUAAGGACACCCGGUCUACGGAGCGCGGACCCUUUGAGGCGAAUCGAACGUUCUGGACGUUGGCCGUCUCGGUACGGCAGCCCGACAGGCCGCGACAGGUCCUCUCCUAUGACGGCGACACGGCGACACGCUGUUCCUGGAAUCCAGAACCGCUUCAUCAUCAUCAUCCGCGGUGUCGUCUUCGUCAUGGUCGUUGCAACGCGCUUUUGCGGAUCAGGGCGUGGCACCAGACAGGAGCAGUACACAGUGCCAUUGACUGCACCACCCCCACGUAGAAGCAGCGCACGAUUAGGUCGGCACUCCGGCCGGUGGCGGCGCUUGCCUACACAUAGUUAUUCCUGCUGUCUAAUAUCUAUUAGAAAAUAUAUUUUCAUUGAUUAUUCGCAUUGUUUGCCUUUCAUGCAUCGUCAAACUAUCUUGACCGCAGCGGGUAGAAGAAAGAUAUACUGUGAGCGGGCACGAAUUUGUAGAACAACCUUAGGCCUCACCUUCGACGGAGGGAUGACACUCGGUCCUCACAUUAAGUCGGUAAGCGACCGAGCCGAGUUCUUACUCGGUCGACUCUACCCUAUGAUCUGCAAGCGAAGCAAAUUGUCCCUUCAUAACAAGGUCACACUCUACAAAACUUGCAUACGUUCUGUCAUAACCUAUGCAAGUGCAAUCUUCUUAUUGUGGCCACCGCUAACUACAUAUCCGACCCAGGCGGGCAGGCAAAGCUAA